UACACUUAGUUGCCCCUCUGCGGCUCGGAAUUGAAAUAACGCAUUUUUCACUUUUCUGCAGGCAAACCGAAUUUUUCCUCACUUUGUUUUUAAAUAAAGAACCGAAGUUUUUUUUUGAUCAAAAAAAAUCGAAAAGUGGUCUAAUUUAAUGCGAAAACUUUAGCGGUUAGUGACCCGAGACUUUAUGCAAAUUAGGUUUUAUAGAGGGAGUUGUAUGGAGAAGUUUGCAUGGUGACUUAGAAGAAUAGUUAGUGGGCAAUUAAGAUGUCGGUAGCUCCAUCUCGCGCCGGCAGUCGCAUGCAACAAUACAUGGACGCAACCCAAGACGAAGAAACCGGCGGAGUCCAGAACUCCCAAGGAGGAGCGGAAGGCGUCGCUCCAGGAGGCGACCAGGAAGGCGCCUCCGUCGUCGGCGUCGACAAACCUCCUGCGAACGCGCUUAGUUUAGUGCCGGUCUCUGCUGCUAAUGGCGUGCAUGACAAAAGGGAAGAAUUAACAGACGAAGAGUACGACGAACCCCCCGUGGCCAACGGAGGGGGGUACUGGAGGCAGGGGGCUACCUCGAGGCCCCCCAGCCCCUUGAUGGCGGAUAAUGCCAGCGAGGCGUCAUCCAUGCAACCGCCACCACCACGCCCUAAAAGUCGAGCUGAAGGAACCACUAGCAGGUAUUCGAAUCUGGGUUACUGGAAAGCCCGGAGAGUCUUAUUCUACAAAAAUGGAGAUCCGUUCUUCCCAGGCAUUGAGUUUCGUUUUAAACCAGGAAGAGAUAUUGUCAGUUUGGAAUCGCUUCUGGAUAAACUUUCUUUGCGUAUGGACUUGCCGAGAGGAGCUAGGUAUAUAUUUUCUAUGGAUGGUGAUAGGAAGUAUCGCCUGGAUGAACUGGAAGAUGGUGCUUCUUACGUGGUUUCUUCGUACAAAGCAUUUAAGGCGGCAAGUUAUGGAAAGAAAAACGGAAUCUGGUACGCAGCUCCAGGGGGACAGGGCUGGAGCAAAGCUACCAGUCGAAAAGCCUCCAUAGUUGAAAACGACGCGCCUCCACCAGGAGGCGGCGCGAUCAAACCCAGCUCAGGACGAGUCAUUAGAAUCAUUAACAAUAUGGACCAUACAGUUCAGUGUAGGGUACUGCUUAACCUUCGUACCUCACAACCUUUCGAAGAGGUUCUAGAAGACUUAGGACAAGUAUUAAAAAUGAACGGAGCAAAAAGGAUGUACACCGUUUCCGGACAAGAAGUUAGAAGCUUUUCCCAAUUGCGAAAUGAAUUCGCUGAUGUGGAUACCUUCUAUUUGGGAAUAGGGUCCGUAGGGCCAGUAGCAAAUCCAGGCGUGAUGCUGUCUCCAGUCAGAAGAGGUCGUUCCAGAGUGGUUCAGACUGCGGUGGUAGAAGAUCUCAGUAAACAACGAAGGGCUAGAAGUAAGAGUAGACCCAGAGCCCUUUACGCCCCUGAGAGUGAAAUUGUUAGAACUAACGCAAUGCACAUGCUUUCUACUUCAGAUUAUACCUUAUUGGAAGUGCUAAAAGAAGAACCUGUUAGGGUAACUAUUAAGGGCCUAAGAAGAACAUUUUAUCCCCCAAUUCAUCAUGCUCCUAUGGAUAAUUCACCUCCAGAGAAAAAGAUGAUGCUUGAAUGGGUAUAUGGCUAUAGAGGUACAGAUUCCAGAAGGAACUUAUGGGUAUUACCCACAGGGGAGCUUCUUUAUUUUGUAGCAGCUGUAGCAGUAAUGUUUGACAGAGAUGAAGAAACUCAAAGGCACUAUAUUGGACAUACCGAAGAUAUUCAAUGUAUGGACUUGCAUCCAUCGAGAGAGAUGGUUGCCUCAGGACAAAGAGCUGGAAGAAACAGGAAAACUCAGGCACACAUUCGCAUCUGGAGCACGGAAACUUUACAGACCCUUUAUGUCUUUGGUAUGGGGGAGUUUGAUAUUGGGGUUGCUGCUGUUGCUUUUUCACAACUUAAUGGCGGCAGUUAUGUGCUUGGUGUGGAUGCUGGAAGAGAAAGUAUUUUAUCAGUUUGGCAAUGGCAAUGGGGACAUCUUUUGGGAAAAGUUGCUACGCUUCAAGAAGAACUCACUGGGGCAGCAUUUCAUCCUUUGGAUGAUAAUUUGAUGAUUACCCAUGGAAAGGGACAUUUGACUUUUUGGAACAGGAGAAAGGAUGGAUUUUUUGAAAGGACUGAUAUUAUUAAGCCACCAUCUAGAACUUUAGUCACCUCACUCCAGUUUGAACAAGAUGGCGAUGUGAUCACUGGAGAUAGUGAUGGAUUUAUUACUAUAUACAGUGUUGAUGCCGAUGGUGCCUACUUUGUACGAACAGAAUACGAAGCUCACAACAAAGGAGUCGGUGCAUUAGUUAUGCUCUCUGAAGGUACUCUUCUCUCAGGUGGUGAGAAAGACCGAAGAAUAGCAGCAUGGGAUUCUUUGCAGAACUAUAAAAAAAUUACCGAUGCAAAAUUACCGGAUCUUUUUGGAGGUGUCCGAUCAAUUUAUCCUCAAAGACCAGGCAGAAACGAUGGAAAUAUUUACGUGGGCACAACCAAGAACAACAUCUUAGAAGGUUCAUUACAACGGAGAUUUAACCAGCCGUGUGAAACUUUCGUGAGGCAAGAGGUGUUAAGGGGCGGCUUAGCCCGUGAAACUAGCAAAUUCAUAUCCCGCGUUAAAGAGUACGAAAGACCUCAUUUUAGACAGGUCGUGUUUGGACACGGCAGACAACUGUGGGGACUUGCAGUACAUCCUGACGAUGAAAUAUUUGCUACCGCCGGACAUGAUAAGAAUAUCGCCCUGUGGAGGAAAAAUAAACUAAUAUGGACAACACAAGUGUCGUUUGAAUGUGUCUCCUUGACAUUCCAUCCGUUUGGAGUUGCAAUAGCAGCUGGAAGUACCGAGGGGCACUUGCUUAUAUUAAACUCCGAGACUGGACAGAUUGUCAAUACAAUUCGUGUAUGUGGAUCACCUUUGAAUUGCGUGGCGUUCAAUCCUAGUGGUGACCUGAUUUCUAUAGCAUCCCAAAACGGCAGCAUCUACCUCUUUAGAGUAAGCAGAGACGGAUUUUCAUACAAAAAAUCGAAUAAAAUCAGGGGGUCUCAGCCCUUGAUGCAAAUGGAUUGGAGUUCUGAUAGCAGUUAUUUGCAAACUGUGACUGCGGACUAUGAUUUAGCGUUCUGGGAUGUAAAAACUCUUUCUCCGGAGAAAAGUCCUAUUGCUAUGAAAGAUGUUAAAUGGUAUACGCACAAUUCUACCGUAGGAUUUAUGGUAUCAGGUAUAUGGAACAACCGAUUUUAUCCUAUGACAUCCCUUAUAAGUACAGUCUGUCGCUCAGCAGCUCAUGAUUUGCUGAUCACAGGUGACACCGAUGGAUAUCUAAGACUUUUUAGAUAUCCUUGCCUGAGCCCCAAAGCAGAAUAUAAUGAAGAAAAAGUCUACAGCGGCACCGUAGCCUGUACCAGGUUCCUGUUUAAUGAUAGAAAUAUUGUUACGGUUGGUGGUACUGAUGCCGCUUUAAUGCUAUGGCAGUUAACAGAAGAAUAGCAUAGAGCUCCGGUAUACCUUCCGGUUUUGGCGAACAGAGCGUACGUAAACAGAUGGGAACAAGCCUCAAAUUACCGCGAUAGUUUCGACGAGGAGGUGGAAGACUUUUACAAUUCCGACAUGGACAGCGCGACUUUCGAAGUCUUGAAUUUGCAUUUUUGAGGAGAAGAGAAACUUUUGAUGGUUCCUAAACCAGUUUUUGACAUAAUUUGUGGCGUUUAAAAUCAUCUUCACUGCCCCCCAGUAUCGAUAUUUGUCAUUUUUUUUAAAGCCAUUAUAUAUAGGACCACUUAGAGAUUAAAUGAUAUUUAUACCAGACAUCACCAGUGCCUUCCAAGAGAAUUAACAUUUUCUUCCAAGGGUCUUACCUUAGAGAUAUUCAAUUUUUGCAAGUAGUUAGGAUCGCUUUAAUUAAUUCAAAAUGCACAAAACAACCAUUGAAAAAGGUCAUAUUAAUAUUUAUAUUAUUAAAAUUGUUGUAAAUACAGAUUUUUUAAAAGAGCCCUAUUAAGAAAUAAUUGAAUACAUUCAUAUACCUAAUAAAUAGCUUCUUGUCCUCUUGUCCAAUUAUACAAUAGGCAUUACUAAGAAUACAAACAAUUUAUUAAUAACAAUUUAAUAUUUGUAAUUGUAAAUAAAUCACUUGGAAUUAGCGUUUACCAAAACUGCCAUUAGUGUUAGUCUGUUUGGAUUGUUGUAACUUUAGAACCAAAUUGCUGACUCAUUAAAUCAUUUUAUCAAUUUAAA